CAUGUUUUGAAAGCACUAAGUUAUCUCAUCACCUCCUUGUUCGUAUCAGAAAGGCUCAAGUUCGGUCAAGUUCAGAUAUUUCCUCAAGCCUGUUGACAAUUUCGUCAUAUCCAUACACAACAGCACUUUUAGUCUUGGGUUGACGGGACUUGCUACCGUUGUCCAGUAGCGAGCUUUUCAGUGCCAAUAUUCAUAUAAAGGCAACAUUCGGAUAGCAGCGGCAGAUAUAUUGAGCUUUGGUAGCCCACACAAACGUUGAAUAUGAUACCAGAAAAACCCCUGCCAUUCAAUGGCAACUUCUCAUCGCCAGAGGAAUAUAUCGAUGAGCUUCUGAAAUUUGUGCGAACAUCUGAGACUUUUCAGAUUCUCUGCGGCGGCGUCCAUAUCCUCGACUUUUUCACUAUCGAACCUGGCCUCUUUCACUAUGCCAUUCCCACAGAGUGGCACGCAUUCAUUCUCUCAAGAAGUCUCAUGCAGUUUCUUGACCUUCUCAUGCGGGAUGAUUUAGACAAUCUAAAGCUGGAAGGAGAGCAGCCACCAGCGAGCCUUAUAGAUUACAUUCAAACAGUCCGUAAUCUUUCUCUCGGCCGAUCAUUUACGCCCCCUUCAGAGAAACUGCCGGUUCUGCCACGGUCGGUGGCUGUGGGCAUGAACGUCAAAAAGACCCAUGAAGUCACCAACUUCGCGGACUACUUAGCCCGACUAUCAGAAGACAUAAGUUCGCAGUGCGGCUACGAGAUAUCCCACUACGUGGACUUCGGUAGCGGCCAAAACUAUCUGGGAAGGGCCAUGGCAAGUGAGCCUUAUAAUAGGCAUGUUGUAGCUGUCGAGGGACGAGAGAACAACGUCACGGCAGCGAGAGGUCUAGAUGUGACUUCUGGAUUAGCCGUUAAGCCCAAGGUCAUGAGGAAUAAGAAGCUAUGGACGAAGAUUUUAGAAGCGCGGGGGCCUGAUGGUCAAGAGGACCCAGAAGCCUUGGCCAAGGCUAUUCGCGAGGUUGCAGGAGAUGAAGCUUUUGAGUUUAGACCCGUCAAAGAACUCGAAGCUGAAUAUACUGUGGAAAAAGGUAAGGGGUCUGUUCAGUACAUAUCAGGCCGACUAGAAACUGGCGACCUGGCCGACGUUAUCGCCCAAAUCAACCCUGGGAGUCAAACCGAAGACGAGAAGAAGGACCUAAGCCUGAUGGCUAUGUCAAUCCAUUCUUGCGGAAAUCUGUCACACUUUGGAAUUAGGUCUCUGGUUCUCAACCCGGACAUUCGAGCUGUGGCCAUCGUUGGGUGCUGUUACAACCUGAUGACCGAGAAACUCGGUCCUCCAACAUACAAGCACGCCUUCUUGAGGCCAACUCUCCAAGCUGUCAAUGGUCGGCUCGUUCGGGAAUCAGAAAAGCAUGACCCUCAGGGAUUCCCGAUGAGCCAGAAGUUUUCUGCGUAUCAGGGAGAUGGGGUGCGAUUGAAUAUCACAGCCCGCAUGAUGGCUUGCCAAGCACCGCAGAACUGGACCGAGAAGGAGAGUGCUGGCUUCUUCUCUCGACAUUUCUACCGAGCAGUCUUGCAAAAGAUGUUCCUUGAUCGAGGCGUGGUGAAGAAAGUGCGGCAUACAGGUAGCCAAGAAGAAUCACAGGCGGAUACUGCAGCCUCAACCCAGGAUGAUAGUGAGAGCCCCUUCGACAUCAGCACCAAUCCAGUCAUCAUUGGAUCACUCAGGAAAAGUUGCUACGGGUCGUUCAAGUCCUAUGUCCGCGGUGCGGUGGAGAAACUCACGACAAACAACGAGUACAAACAGUAUGCAGACGUGAUACAGGAGAAAAUGGGCGACAUCUCAGACGAGGAGAUCCAGAGAUACGAGGCAUUGUAUCUGCCUCGGAAAAAGGAGCUAUGUGCUGUCUGGAGCCUCAUGGCAUUCAGUGCGAUGGCAGUCGAAUCCCUUAUUGUAUCAGACCGGUGGACAUUUCUGAAAGAACACGACGAUCUCGUCCGUCACGCGUGGGUCGAGACGGUGUUUGACUAUGAACAAAGCCCAAGAAACCUGGUUGUUGUUGGGGUUAAGCGAUGAUUAGACUUUUGGCUAGGUCGUAAUUGGGAUGAACUGAAUUGUCUGAAAUGACGAUACCCGAUCCUAGCCGCAUCCCUGGACGAGGUCCUCUUUACAUGUCCUUGAUGGGGACUCGAGGAAAAGAUGCAAUCAGCUCCUUGUUGCUACCGAACGAAGAGAAUAUGUUCGUGUAAGAGGAACUGGGUUUGGUAAGUCGUCAGUUGUGGUUAUUGGUGGUGCUAGGCAAUAUCGGGACGUGGCUGGCUGGCUCUCCGAAAUAGGCGAUGUCAUGCAUGAACCCCCCUCCGCUUUCUCUCGACACUUCAGGAGUGACAUUCUCAAGCGGAUGACAGGACUGGAAGUUCUUAGGUCGAUCAGCGGCACAGAACAAUAGGAAAUAUAUUUACCCGAACACGGUGUUUUCAGGUAUCCGAUCAUAUACUCGCCAGAUGGUAGGUAGUUCUGGCUCGCAACCAAAGAUACUACCACAAGC